AGUGGCUGGUUGGAAUUUGUGUGUGCGAGGAACAGAAAAGUAUUAGAAAAUCAAUUAAAGUUAGUAGUCAGCUCGAAAAAACAAUUUUUGCGUAGUUUGGAUAAUUUUAUUUUUAUUGUUUAAGCAAUUAACUAAUCCUUAACAAUAAAAUAUUUACAGAGAUAUUUCAUUUAUAAGAAGAAAUAAUUGAGAACAGCAUGAAAAUGGUGUUGUCUCAAAGGCAGCGCGAGGAGCUUAACCAAGCGAUUGCCGAUUAUUUGAGUAGCAAUGGAUACUCGGAUUCUCUCGAGGCUUUUCGUAAGGAAGCAGACUUAAACUCAGAAAGCGAAAAGAAAAUUGGAGGAUUACUUGAAAAAAAGUGGACUUCCGUAAUUAGAUUGCAGAAAAAAGUUAUGGAACUAGAGGCUAAAUUGUCAGAAGCUGAAAAAGAAGUAAUUGAAGGAGCUCCAACUAAAGCUAAAAGGAGUCCUGGUGAAUGGAUACCCAGACCACCAGAGAAAUUUUCACUAUCAGGUCAUCGUGCAAGUAUAACAAGAGUAGUAUUUCAUCCUAUAUUUGGGGUUAUGGUAUCAGCUUCAGAAGAUGCAACUAUAAAGAUUUGGGAUUUUGAAACCGGGGAAUAUGAACGAAGUUUGAAAGGACAUACAGAUUCAGUGCAAGACAUAGCUUUUGACGCUCAAGGAAAGAUUUUAGCCUCAUGCAGUGCAGAUUUGUCUAUAAAAUUGUGGGAUUUCCAACAGAGUUAUGAAUGUGUAAAAACCAUGCACGGACAUGAUCACAAUGUCUCUUCUGUAGCUUUUGUGCCAGCUGGAGAUUUUGUACUGUCUGCAUCAAGAGACAAAACUAUAAAAAUGUGGGAAGUAGCUACUGGAUAUUGCAUUAAAACGUACACAGGACAUAGGGAAUGGGUGCGAAUGGUACGUGUACAUGCAGAUGGAGGUAUUUUUGCAUCAUGCUCAAACGAUCACUCAAUUCGUGUAUGGCUAACAAAUUCAAAAGACUGCAAAGUCGAAUUACGCGAUCAUGAUCACACUGUAGAGUGUAUUGCAUGGGCUCCAGAGGCCGCCACAUCAGCCAUCAAUGAAGCGGCUGGUGCAGAUAACAAAAAAGGCCAUCAUCAAGGCCCAUUUCUAGCAUCUGGUUCCAGAGAUAAAACAAUACGUAUCUGGGAUGUUAGCGUUGGUCUUUGCCUUUUAACUCUUACUGGUCAUGAUAAUUGGGUGAGAGGUUUAUCAUUCCAUCCGGGAGGAAAGUAUUUAAUUUCAGCUAGUGAUGAUAAAACCAUUCGAGUUUGGGAUCUACGCAACAAGCGAUGCAUGAAAACUCUUUAUGCUCAUCAACAUUUUUGUACAUCAGUUGAUUUUCAUAAAACACAUCCAUAUGUUAUUUCUGGCAGUGUUGAUCAAACAGUUAAAAUAUGGGAAUGCCGUUAAAAUAUAACUUUAAAGCCACAAUAAAAUAAACCACAAAAGAGCUAAUGCUAAUUAAUAUUCUUCAAUUAUUACAUUAUAAUAAUUUACAUAUAUAUAUAUAUUAUAUUUAAAUAUUUAUUGAUUACAAUUUAAAUGAAACAACUCUACUAAUUAUUAUAUGUAAACGCAGUUAGACAAACAUAAUAUGCAUAAUGUGCAAAUAGAGAAAUCAAAUAGGCAAAAUUAGUUUUGAAAUUAAACAGGAUAAGGAUAUAUUGUUUUGCUACCUGCGGUGGUAGUUGUUUAAAAUUUAAGAUAUGAAAUUUGUCUUUUAGAGCUUAAAUUGCUGUUCCACCACUUGUUUAAAGCUAUUUAUACCAUCUAAACCAAGAAGUGUCAACUAAAAAUUAAUACAUUAUACAUUAUGAUUUAUUAAAUAAUUCUUAACUAAAUAUUAACGUGGUUGAAGUAGAUAACAUUGUUUUAAAAUCCAGCUUUACUUUUAUUAUUAUUUUUAAAAUGAGAUGGUAUUGGUGGUUAAUGGAUUUAUUACAUUACAAUCAUAUAACAUUUGAAUCUUAACUUGAAUAUUUAAUUUGCAUAAUAUUGCCGCGGAUGUCUAUUUUAAUAUGGUUAAAACAAAAGCUGGCGAACUAUCUUAAAUCUAAAUAAUUACAUACUUAAAAUAUAUUUCACAGAAAUAGCAAAAACAAAACAUUGAAAGAUUUUUUGUAUGUUAAUAAUUGUAUUACAUCACUUUAUGAACUUUACAAGAACUACCGCUCAAGACACGAGAAAAAAUGUUAGAACUUCUUUAUUUAAUAUUAGUGGUUUUGAUAUUUGUUUUUUGUUUCUUAUUAAAAUUUUUAAACACAUUCACGUAUCUUAUUUUUGUUCGUUUUAAUUUCAUCAUAGCGUAUUAAUAAAUAAUUACCUACCUUAAAUUUUUUUUAUUCAAAUUGUGACUUUGUAGAUUGGAUCUGCAUGCGUUUAAUUAUUUUCACAUAUAAAUGCUUACAUUCAAGUUUUCCUUUGCAUUAAAACCCAAAUGCAGCAAAACAUUAUUUUAUAAUUUAUUUUAAGUUAUUUUAUAAUAUAGUUUU